UUGAUCCAAUAGGUAUCAAUAUCAGCCAUGUUCAGCAGUAAGUAUCAACUGCAAAAAACUCUUUAAAUACCCAUUCAUUCUUCAUUUUCCUCCAAUUCAAUUCCAUUACUUAUACUAAAAAGAAAGAAAUAGUUGUGGUCCAAAUUUUUUUUUGAAAAAUGGAGACCCAUAGCUCCUCUUUCACUAAUAUCAAAUCUUACCUCAAAGCACUUUCAGAUACCCCAAACCGUUUAGUUCGCCGGGCCGGUUCUGUCUCGACUAGUUUCGAAGAAACAAGUCGAGUCAGGGCCCGGUCUGGUGGCGACAUGAAGAGAAGUCUCCGUUGGUACGACCUUAUCGGACUCGGUGUCGGUGGUAUGGUUGGUGCCGGUGUUUUUGUUACUUCUGGUCAUGCUAGUAGAGUAUGUGCUGGCCCUGCUGUUGUUCUGUCGUAUGCCAUUGCUGGCUUAUGUGCUCUGCUCUCUGCUUUCUGUUAUACUGAAUUUGCUGUUGAUAUGCCUGUUGCUGGCGGCGCUUUUAGCUAUAUCCGUAUCACUUUCGGUGAAUUUCUAGCGUUUUUGACCGGUGCAAAUUUAAUUAUUGACUAUGUAUUAUCAAAUGCGGCGGUGGCGAGGAGUUUUACUGGAUAUUUUUGUACAGCGCUCGGCAUAUCUACAGAAAGCAAAUUGAGAAUCACCGUUAAUGGCUUACCAGAAGGAUUCAAUGAGAUUGAUGUUGUUGCUGUGUUAGUGGUUUUAGCCCUCACCGUAAUCAUCUGCUACAGUACAAGGGAGAGUUCGACGUUGAAUAUGGUAUUAACGGCGUUACAUCUAGUGUUCAUAGUAUUUGUGAUAGUAAUUGGAUUUACAAGAGGGGAUACGAAGAAUUUUACAGAGGCAGGGGAUAAGAAUAAUCAUACGAGUGGAUUCUUCCCAUUUGGUGCUUCAGGUAUGUUUAAUGGAGCAGCAAUGGUGUAUUUGAGUUACAUAGGGUACGAUGCCGUUUCAACAAUGGCUGAAGAGGUCAGAAAUCCAGUUAAGGAUAUACCUGUUGGUGUCUCGGGUUCCGUUAUACUCGUGACAGUUCUUUACUGCCUCAUGGCUGCUUCAAUGUCCAUGCUUCUUCCUUAUGAUAUGAUUGAUCCAGAUGCGCCAUUUUCGGGAGCAUUUGUGGGAUCGGACGGCUGGAGAUGGGUAUCAAAUGUGAUAGGUGUUGGGGCUAGUUUCGGUAUUUUAACAUCUUUAUUAGUAGCGAUGUUGGGCCAAGCUCGAUACAUGUGUGUGAUCGGACGGUCCAGCGUAGUCCCCGCUUGGUUUGCUAGGGUCCAUUCUAAAACAUCAACGCCUGUUAAUGCUUCCGUUUUCCUUGGAGUUUGCACAGCAGCAAUUGCCCUUUUCACUGAUUUACAAAUACUACUCAACCUUGUAUCAAUUGGUACACUGUUUGUAUUUUACAUGGUAGCAAAUGCUGUUAUCUACAAGCGUUACGUCUCGGUUGGAGUAACAAAUCCAUGGCCUACACUAUCAUUCCUUGUUUGCUUCUCAUUGACAUCCAUUUUAUUCACCUUGUUAUGGCAAUUAGCACCACCAGGCAAGCCAAAAGCCUUCAUGCUUGGGGCCUGUACUGCUAUCGCCAUCGCUGUGUUACAACUGUUCCACUAUAUGGUACCACAAGCGCGAAAACCCGAGUUUUGGGGUGUCCCAUUAAUGCCAUGGAUUCCUUCCAUAUCUAUCUUCCUCAACAUAUUCUUGUUAGGUUCACUUGAUAGGCCAUCCUACGUGCGAUUCGGAUUCUUCUCAGCUCUUGCUGUGCUAGUGUAUGUUCUCUAUAGUGUUCAUGCUAGCUUUGAUGCUGAGGAAGAUGGGACACUUAGUGAAAAGAACAUUGAACUGGUGAAGGAAUCUAUCGAGGUCCAGGACCAUACUCUAAAAGUGUAAAAAUGUUCUCUUUUUAAGCUGACUUUUCCUUUAGACUUUUAAUUUUUUUUCUUUUUGAGGGGUGGGGGGCUUAAGUUAUGGAUACCUAACAUAGAAAUGGGAGAAGAAAUAUAGAAUGGAAUAUUCUGCAGAUUUUGUAGUGAUCAAGUUGUAUAGUUUAUUUCCAUUAGUGGGUUCAAGUUUUGACCUGUGACCCCCUUGUAUAUUUUUGAGUACUUGGUUAAGUCAACUAUUGAUCUUUCACAA